AAAAAACAACUAGUUGAAAAUAAAAAACAAAUAAAAAAUAUUGAAAGUAAAAUGACAACUAUUAAUCAAGAUAUACAAAAACAAGAACACGUGAAAUCAGGUGCUGAACAAAAAUUACUUCAAUCGGAAAAUGAAAUUCGAGAUAAACAAACUGAAAUUGAUCGUUAUCGAAAAAAUGUUGAUGAUCACAAACAAACAUAUGAUGGUAUUAAACGCAAACAUGACCAACAAGCACAAAAUAUUCAACGUCAAAUAGAUUUAAAAGCAAGCACUGGUCAACAAAUCACAAGUGC